AUGAAGAAUUGGAAAUUUUUGGUUUUCACAGUAUUCGCAAGUUUCUUCGGUGAAUGGGCGACGCUGACAAGCGGUUGUGAAUCGGAUUCUGAUUGUGGAUCUCGCUUGACAUGUUGUACCCGUGAAGGUCGCAGUUCGUUUUGCACAAAUGUUCGUACGGCUUGUUCGUCGACUUCAAGUAGUGAUGGGCAAAGUUCCUAUUUGCUAAUAGUGUUCCUUCCAGCUGGCUUCGUCGGCAUGCUUAUCGUUGGCGCAUGCAUCAUUUCAUGCGCGAGAAAGACUGGACAAAAUGUUUACAGCGGCGGGGGAUCUGCUGGGGGAUAUGGUGGUAAUGGUGGUUAUUGUGGUGAUGGUGGUGGAGGUUGUGAUGGUGGCGGAGGUUGUGGAGGUGAUGGUGGAGGUGGAGGUGGUGGGGGAGGGGACGGAGGUGGUUGCUAA